AUGGAUUACACGGUCUCAGGGACCGAUUCGUUGGAAAGUAUUGCUGCCGCACAUGAUUGUACAGUUGGUGAAUUAAUGAAAUUGAAUCGAAUGAGCUCUCGCAUGGUCUUUCCGGGUCAGAGAAUACAGGUGCCAUUUUCGUCGAAUGAUAAUGUGUUUGAAACUAAUGUUCUUGCUACCUCAACUCCUCGUCAUGGAAGCCAAAUAGCAGGCGGCGAAAGCGCCGCUGAUGGAAUUCGUAAAGGCCCAGGCGGUGCUGUUCCAGCACAACAUCAACGUGGCGGCGGCAGUCUCAUGAAAACACAAAGCGCACCUCUUCCUGGGCUUGACGAAGCUGAUACGGAUUGUUUGCAACGAUUUUUGAAGAUCAAGGUGAAACAGGUGACUGAGUCUGACGGCACCGUGUCAGGGACUCUUCUCGUCACUCCGAAUUGCCUGAUGUUUGAUCCAGAUGUUAACCAUCCUUUAGUCAAAGAAAAUGGACAGGAUUUAUAUGGGAUGGUGGCAAAGUAA